AUGACCAAUCUAGCACCUAUCCAACAAAAUCAGUUUGAAUUCCCAUUCGCUAAAAGGUGGUCUUCGCUUGGAAUGAAUUAUGACAAUUGUCCCCACUUCAGUAUAACGCAGUACCGCAAUCUUAUUGAUCACUUGGCGCAAGAAGAUUUUAUUUGGCGGCCGUAUCUUGGUCUAGAAGCAUUUCAUCAAGUUGAACGACAAGAUUCUGCGGUGUGGAGUGCAAAGGUGCCCAUUAUCAACUUCACCACCGUCGAAAUGCACAACAGUGAUCGUGUGAAACUUCAAUUUGGAAUGCUUCAAGAUAUUCCAUGUCGCCCAAAGUGCAUACCCGACAAAUAUCACAACGGUAAAGUCUCCGACCAAUGA